CAUAAAACAGAGCACUUAACAGUGAUAUUAACAGUGUUACUUGUAUAUAACGGAAUUGAUAGUUAGACGUUAAACAUACAUGUAAAUGCCUAUAUAUACUGUUGUACAGAUCAACAUUAUCUAAAAUGAGAAUAUCAGAAAGUUUAUUAAACUCUAAUAUGGUAUCAGAGCAAUAAAUCGUUCUCAUUCAAAAAGUUGUUGUGUUUUCCGGGAAAAUCAACAUUUUCCGGGAAAAUUUUUCUUUCUUCUUCGAUUUCUUCUUAGGCGAUUUCAUUUCAGCUUGUCGUGUUCAUCUUUCUUCGUUCCGAUCAUUGUUAUGGCGAAGAAAGGAACCAAGCAGCUCAGGAAUCGACCUUCUCCUCAGGAUUCUGGUGAUGAAUCACCGAUUGUUACUCGAUCUUCUCAUGUUGAGAAAUCAGCUCCAGGAUCUUCGUUGAAUAUGUUACCGGCGAACUCAGAUUCGAUUGAUAGCCAUCAUAAUCCAUUUUACCUCCAUUCUAGCGAUCAUCCCGGUAUGUCUAUUGUUUCUGAAACUCUCACUGGUGAUAAUUACAACUCCUGGAUUGUUACUAUGCGAACUAGUCUAGAGGCUAAGAAUAAGAUCAGUUUUGUGGAUGGAUCUCUACCUAGACCAUCGGAAUCUGAUCCUCUAUAUAAGAUCUGGACUAGAUGUAAUUCAAUGGUCAAAGCUUGGAUCCUAAAUGUUGUUUCAAAGCAAAUCUAUGCUAGUAUACUCUAUUUUCAAGAUGCAGCAGGAAUUUGGGAGGAUUUACAGAGACGUUAUCAUAAGAGUAAUCUCCCUCAGAUCUAUAAUUUGGAGCAAGAGAUAAGUUCUCUUCGUCAAGGUGCUAUGUCUCUCUCUGAGUAUUACACCAAGAAGAUCACUCUUUGGGAACGCCUUGCUUGUACUAAGAAUCUAAUGGAAAAUGGUGGAUGUCGUUGUUCUCAAGUGUUGAAACUGUUGGAAGAUCAUGAAACAACUCGUAUCACUCAGUUUCUUAUGGGUCUCAAUGAUGAUUUUGCUAAUAUCAGAGGUCAGAUCUUGAACAUGAAGCCUCGACCUAGUCUCUCUGAUAUGUACAAUAUGCUUGAAUCUGAUGAGUCUCAACGACAACGUACCAUUACUAAUCCCAAUCCUUCUGCGUUUCAAGUUAAAGCUCAGAUUGGCAAUUCUCAACAACAUGUUUUCCAAAAGAAUCGUGCUAUGUGCACUCAUUGUGGAAUGUCUGGUCACACUGCUGACAAGUGCUAUAAGGUCAUUGGUUAUCCUGUUGGUUGGAAACCAAAGAGCCAACGCACAAACUCAAACCAACGUUUCAUACCUGCUUCUACCAACUUAGCUAUCACUGAUUCUGUCUCAGAUAUUGACAAAGGUGUUGCUCUCUCUAAUGAUCAAAUUCAACAUUUGGUUUCUUACCUGAGUUCGAAGUUGCAGCCUCAGCAUUCAACAGCUACACAUGCUACUAUAACUGAGAUUCCUGCAGAAGCUUCAACCUCAGGAGUCAAGCCUACUAUAUGUCAAUUCACUGGAUCUUACACGGGGAUUGAUCAUUGGCAAGGGUAGUUUGCACAACAAGCUCUAUUUCUUGGACCUGCAAUAUCAUCCAUCAGAACAAAUUCCACUGACUGUUUGUGCUACCAUCACAGUUUCUUCACACUUAUGGCAUCAAAGACUGGGUCACCCAUCAUAUCAAAAGCUACAAUCUCUUUCUGGUUUAUUGUCUGUAUCAGUUUCUAAGGCUUUAACUCCAGAGGAGAAUCAUUGUAAGAU